CGCCUCAACAGACAUCAUCAGACCGUCAGACUCCCAUUCUCACAAUGCGCCCUGUCCAAACCACCCAGGUCCAGCGCGACGCCAGCAUCGUCGGCCCAGAGCUCGCCGAGGUGCUGCCCCGGACGGACAAGUACUGGUUCCAGCAGCCUCACCUGCUCCGCCUCAACCUGCUGCUGCUCAUCCCCCUGCUCUCCUCGUCCGUCUCGGGCUACGAUGGCAGCCUCAUGAACGGCCUCCAGUCCCUCCACCAGUGGCGGUCCUACUUUGGCCACCCCCUGGGCUCCCGCCUCGGCCUCAUCAAUGCCGCCCAGUCCAUCGGCUCCGUCCUCGCCCUCCCCUUUGUCGGCACCCUCUCGGACCGCUUCGGCCGCAAGCCCGUCAUCCUCGCCGGCGCCCUCAUCAUCUGCGUCGCCGCCGCCCUCCAGGCCGCCUCCGUCAACUACCCCAUGUUCGUCGUCGCCCGCGUCCUCGUCGGCUACGGGGGCAUGUUCCUCGUCCAGCCUGCGCCCAUGCUCAUCGCCGAGCUGGCCUUUCCCACACACCGCGGCAAGUACACCUCGGCCUUCUGGACGCUCUACUACCUCGGCGCCAUCCUCGCCUCCUGGACCACCUUUGGCACACAGGCCCACGAGGGCACCGUCUCCUGGCGUCUGCCCUCUGCCCUCCAGGCCGGCUUCCCCCUCGUCCAGCUCUGCUUCUACUGGUGGCUGCCCGAGUCUCCACGCUGGCUCGUUGCCCAGGAUCGCACCCGCGAGGCAGCCGAGCUGCUCAGGCGGUACCACGACCCGGACACCCCUGAGUCGCCCCUUGUCAGCCGCGAGCUGGCCGAGAUUGUGCAGACCAUCCAGAACGAGCAAAAGGCAAAGACGACCGGCUGGGCCGCUCUCGUGAGCACCCCGGGGAACCGCAAGCGGACCCUCAUCGCCGUCUGCACCGGCGCCUUUGCCCAGUGGAACGGCAUCGGCAUCGUGUCCUACUACCUCACCCUCGUCCUCGACUCCAUCGGCAUCACCGACACCUUUACCCAGACCCUCAUCAAUGGGCUGCUGCAGAUCUUCAACUUUGCCGCCGCCCUCGGCGCCGCCUUUCUCGUCGAUCGGCUGGGCCGCCGCACCCUCUUCCUCUGGAGCGGAAUCGGCAUGUUCGUCUCCUAUGUCAUCUGGACCGCCUGCUCCGCCGUCAACGCCGAGACGGGCAACAAGGCCGCCGGCGUCGUCGUCGUCGUCUGUCUGUUUACCUACUUUUUCCACUACGACAUUGCCUACACGCCACUCCUCUUUGGCUAUCCCACCGAAAUCUUCCCCUACUCCCUCCGCUCCAAGGGCAUCGCCGUCGAGCUCUUUGCCAUCUACGGCUCCCUCAUCAUCGCCGCCUUUGCCAACCCCAUUGGCAUGGACAAUAUUGGCUGGCGGUACUACAUUGUCUUUUGCGUCCUUCUCGUCGUCUUCUUCGCCGUCACCUACUUUCUCUUCCCCGAGACAAAGGGCUACAGCCUCGAGGAGAUUGCCCGCGUCUUUGACGGCGAGGAUGCCGAGCACGACGAGAGGGUCAGGGCGGCCCAGGACGGCAAGCUGGAGGAGGUGGCGCCGGCCAGUCACCAUGAGAAGGUCUAACUGCGUCCUUACCUCGUUUGUAAUACUAGUAUGCAGGUAUUUGCCACGUAGCCUUCAAUGGACGAAGCUACG